AUGUAUCAACAAGUCCGAAUUCUUCUUCUUUCUCUGUUGCUAUGGCUUCCAAUAGCGCUUGCGCAAGAACCAUCUCGCAAAGGAACAAACCGGCCACAAUAUUGUAGCGUAGCAACCUGUGGUGCAGCAAGCAACGCGGCAACAUGUAAUCGGCGACUGAACCCUCGACUGUUUGAUGCGCCCAACCUUACCAGUCUGCCAAAGAAGGGCCGAUGGAUCACCCCUGAAAAUUACGACGGCACUCUUGACAGCUUCUUCCGCGGCGAAGUGGCCAGGGUGGUUCAUCUGGCCAACGGCGGCGUUAAGAUCUUGGGAGAAGACGUGACCUCCAAGUUUACGCUCCUCAAGGACUCGCCAACGUCAAUGGCAAUGCUCGGCUUUUGCGGAUGUGUCGGUCUUGUCGUCAUGUCGAAAUCAGCGGUAUACAUGGCGCAUAUUGUGGAGGACCCAAUCCUUCGGUACCCUGAGAGAUUCCGGCCCGGUCUUCAACUCCUAGGGGAAGGUACAGGCGCAGAUAAUCAUGUGUUUGGCUUAGAAGAUCUGGCGAGCACGAGUUUCGCUCCAGAUCAAGAGCCAUUGGUUGUCGUGUUUGCCCCAAAAACCGGAAAUAAAUUUCAAUACCAAGACCAAAUGGUGCAACUUGGUAAAUGGGUGAAGCAAUGUAAGUUUACACCAAGAGCCUGUUGUUGCUGCAAUAUACUAACCUAUCUACUCGUCGUAGUAAUCGGAGUAGACCCUAAAUGGAUUGGAUAUUCACCAAUACGGAGGGGGGAUGAAAAACAAAGGUUUGACUGGGGAUGUGCGAGAGCUGAGGGCAAGUUGUUAAUGCAGUACCAGCCGUCGAUUAAAGGCCUCUUUGGAUUUAGGCGUUCAAAUGCCCAAGCUAGGUUAUGGAUUGAAGGAAAAGCGACACCCUUCGAAAAGUCAUGGGAACCCUCCGCGGUUCAACACUUCACAAAUUAG